AUGUGUCUUAAGACCCCGCCUGGAUCAGCCAUUGGAGGCUGGUUCUCCGGACUGGGGGGUUCAGCUGGGAGAUUACACUCCCGCCCCCCACAAAGUCCUGCUGGCAGGAAGGUUGGAGGGUCCCUGCUGGUCAGGGCCCUGGCCUGCGGUGACCCCCCAGUGUCCGCAGUCACUAUGAGCUUGGGUGGGGCCGGGGGCCCGGUGGGCUCCGUCCGGGAGUUCACGCGCCAUGCCAGCGACGUGCUGCUCAACCUGGACCAGCUACGUCACCGCCGCGUCCUGACCGAUGUCACCCUGCUGGUGGGAGGGCGCCCCCUGCUGGCCCACAAGGCUGUGCUCGCCGCCUGCAGUGGCUUCUUCUACUCCAUCUUCCUGGCCCCAGGUGGGGCCGAGGUCACUGUCCUCACCCUGCCCGGCUCCAUCCAGCCCGGGGGCUUCCAGGCCCUACUGGAUUUCAUGUACACCUCCCGCCUGCCCCUCACCCCGGCCUCCGUCCCCGCCCUGCUCAACGCCGCCACCUUGCAGAUGGAGCACGUGGUGGACGCCUGUCACCGCUUCAUCCAGGCCAGUUACGAUCCGCGCUAGCUUCUACCCAAGCCCCUCCCUUCCCCAGCGGACCCCAAAUCCCUGGACACCCAAGGACCCUCAGAUGACAGUGGGACGGUGCCCGCAGGGGGUCCCCACCCAGAGGUGAGCCCGGGGGCUCCCCUGCGAUCGGCUCCUGCCAGGCCGCCGGCGAAGGAUUCUGGGGGGGCGCCCCCGGGCGGGGAGCGGGGCCCCCCCGACAGUCCGUCGCGCUCCGAGGGGCACCCCGCCUCCCCCGAGUCCAGCGGCUGCGCCCCCGCCCCCAAGGCUGCAACGGAGAAAUACAAGUUCAUCGUCCUGAACUCCCUCCGGGGGGAGGGGGCAGGGGGAGGGGGUGGGGCCGGCCCCCAGCCCCCAACCCCUGACCCAGCCCGAGCCCCGGCCAGCAAAGACCAAGGUGCCAGCCGUGGGGGAAGAGGGGGGCGGCCCAGGAGCCAGCGUGACGGCGCCCUCUGUGGGCCGCACCCCGCCUUGUCACAGUGCCCCGUGUGCCCCCAGCGCCUGCAGGUGGGGGCCGCACUGCACCCACCCUGCCCCCACCUUCCCCAGGGGCGGCCCCAGCCCGCAACAGGUGCUGGGCUGUACGGCUGCGCGGCCUGCGAGCUGGGCCUGGAGGAGGAGGAGGAGGGGGAGGGGGAGGAAGGGGGAGCAGAUGGGGGCAGCCCCAGCGACUGCCCCCACGACAACAAACCGUUCAAGUGUCACCUCUGCCGCUCGGCUUUUCGCUACAAGGGCACUGCUUCCCACCGCGCCGUCCACACUGGUGAGAAGCCAUAUCGCUGCGGAGUCUGUGGGGCCCAGUUCAACCGGCCAGCCAACCUCAAAACCCACUCGCGGAUCCACUCAGGCGAAAAGCCCUACAAGUGUGAGACCUGCGGCUCCAGCUUCGUGCAGGUCGCCCACCUCCGGGCCCACGUGUUGAUCCACACGGGUGAAAAGCCCUACCCGUGUGAGACGUGUGGGACACGCUUCCGGCACCUACAGACCCUCAAGAGCCACAUCCGCAUCCACACGGGCGAGAAACCGUAUCACUGCGAGACCUGCCACCUGCACUUCCGGCACAAGAGCCAGCUGCGGCUACACCUACGGCAGAAGCACGGGGCCGUCACCAACACCAAGAUCCGCUACGCAGUGUUGGCCGGCCCCUCCGGCGCCCGCUGCUGAACGGGGACCGCGCUUCCUCCCCCUCUCACCAGAGAGCAGGAGAGAGACACAGCCCCUCCCCGCCCCCCCCCACCCCGCACCGCAUCGCUGCUUACUUCGCUCCUGCCAGCAGGGGGAGCCGUGUCGAGGUAGGGGAAAUUCCCGGCCUGUCAGGAGGGGCCCGCUGGUCGUGACCCCCUUUCAUAGCAUGUGUUGGCCUGCGGUGUCUGGGCUUGGCUGGGGGGGGGCACUACGGGACAUGGGGGGCUAUGGACUGCAGGGGGGAGGUCUCUCUGGUCUACGGAAGACACAGUUCCAUAUGUAUAGGGGGGAGUGUAUCUGCACCCUGUGUUUUUGAAGUGGGUCUGCCAUUCCCUCCCCCCCCCCCCAAGCUGGGGAGGGAACCGGAGUCCUGGCUCCCAGCCCUCUGCUGUAACCACUAGACCCCACUCCCCAUCCAAAGCCAGGGAGAGAACCCCGGAGUCCUGGCUCCCAGCUCCUCCUGCUCCAACCCACCAGACCCCACUCCCCUCCCAGAGCUCGGGAGAGAACCCAGGAGUCCUUGGUUCUUUAAGUAAAUGUGGCACAGGAAGUGAUGUCAGAGCUCUGCAGGCAGAGCGUUGUGAGAGACCGCGCCCUCCCCCCCCCACACUUUUCUUAACUACUGUACUUAAUUUUCAGUUGAUUUAUGUUUCCUUCUGGAAGGCAAUAUCUCAUUUGGUUAAAUCAGUUUCAAUCCAGAGUCACUCUGAAUUCUCCCCUACCCUGGACAUCUAUGGACAACUGAUGACGCCGGCUUGAUGUUGGCUUAAUUGGAGUCAACAGUUGCCAGUUGUGCAUAGACUUCACUGAAGUUCUAAUCGCGAUCUAAAUCUGGGAGGAGUGACUCUGAUUUAACCACCCUGGAAGCCUCUCUAGCCAGCUAAUUGUGACUCUGCAGUUUUGGUGACACUAGUGUCACUCCAGUUAAGUUCUCACCAAGAAGAAAAGGAGUACUUGUGGCACCUUAGAGACUAACAAAUUUAUUAGAGCAUAAGCUUU